GUUAGUCAGUCAGUCAUUAGCAUCUAAAGUGGUGAACACCUGCGGAACACCCCUUCCUUCCUAUGGCUCAAUGGUUUUGUCGUUAGACUUGUUUUUGCUAAAAAUGGUUUUCAAAAUAAUAAGGUGUUUAUAAUGUUAUACGAUAUUAUACAUUACAUUAAACAUUGCAUUACAAUGUUAUUAAGUGUUUAAACAAAACUUUUGGUUAACUUUUUGGACAAAAUAUGGAUUUUGAAAAUCACAAUAAUUUUGGAUCAGUUCGCAAAUUAAGAGAUCGUUUUGAACAAAAUAAUUGUCACUAUAAUAGUCUCAAAAGUCAACCGCCGACUAAAAGAUAUACUACAGAUAUUCAACAAUUGAUUCGUAGCCUUGACUAUAGCGACAAUAAACUAGACAUAAAAAACAGUCGAAAACCUGAAAUUAAGGCCAAACCGAAAGUUACAAAUAAUUUUUGUCAAAAACUGAACCAAACUUUAAGUAAUGACAAACAAUUUAAUGCCACUAAAACUCGACACACUUUUGCUGCACCCGAUGUCGACACUCUCGAAGCAAAUUUAGUUGAUGUCAGUACUGGACAUACAUCUCAGCUAACGGUUCCCAAUCCUGUUCCCAAACCUCCCCGUACUUUUGCACACGAUGUCUAUCUGGAGCUUAAGUUUAACAAAAAUAAGACCAAUUUCAUCAAUAAUAGCAACAAUAAUGUGAUAACUAAUAAACUUUCAAAUUUAGAAGUCGACAAAAUUAUGGCCUUAUAUUCAAAGCCUAACAAAACAAAUAAACUGAAAGAUAAUAAUAGACUCAGAUCUCAAAGUGACUCUUCAGUAAUGGAUAAGACGCUUACGGAUACCACUAAUGAUAAUAUAUAUGACGACAUCAUUAUUGGCAAAAAUUGUGAUAAAAAGUUUAAAUUAAAAAUUUUAAAACAUUUGUCGUGUCUUAGAUUAAAGCCUCACUAAACACAUUAUAAUA